UCUCCCGCGAAGGUUGAUCGCCGAUACCGCGACAUAGUGCAAACAUCAUUCCAUUCAAUAAUCAAAAUUCGGGAAAAAUUUGAGAUUUUUUUGCUAAAUUCGCGUAAAUUUGAUGUAAUUCCUGACUGAAUGUUGCAAUUUCUGUUAUGAGGAAUGGAAAGUGAUAAAUAUGAGCAGAAGCUUUAUCAGAUGUUCAGUAGCUACGACACCGAGGAGAGCAACACACUGAACAGGGAGGAGCUGACAAAACUCUGCAUCACGCUGGAACUGAGGGAUGCUGGGGCUUCCCUGAUUGCUGAUCUCUUCCCCGAGGGGGCUACAAAGACGGAGAAGAGGGUGUCAUAUGGGGCCUUCAAGGAGGCCCUGCUCAAGUUCCUCGGAAAUGAGAUGCCAGUAAACUCCUACGAAUCAGAAGCAACAAAUGAUUCACACGAAGUAGAAACAUCCAGUAGCAGUAUUCCCCUCUCUCCGGGCAGAGAAGUCUCCCCAAAGUGCAUUGUUGGAACCAAAAAGUACGGCCGUAGAUCUCGUCCAACGAGCGCCAAUCUGUCUUCGUCGUCACUCUCAGAGUCAGACAAUGAGGCAAAUCCAGAAACCACGACGGGGUCCACGGCAAAGGUCAAAGAGGUACAGAAAUCCGCCUCGCAGACCGAUGUGGUGCACCACAAGAGGGUGAUUGGGUCAAAGCUCAAACGCUGUGCCUCCCUGCCAGCUCAGAGGAAUCGCCAUGAGCACACCAAAUCCCUCCAGACGCAGCUGGAAGUUGUUCAAUCCAUUGAUUUUUCGCCCGAGUCCGAUGUUGUGCCAUUCGAUGUGAUUGUGGACAUGUGGGAGAACGCUGGUGUUCUCCAGGCUGCAAAUCACCUGGCGAAUCUUGGCUUUAGUGGCAGGCAGAUCAAUAUAAGUGAUCUCACGGCGUCAAUUGAUCACGAACUUCAGGUGAUGCGUGAGAACGCGGCUGCCAUUCCCCUCCUGAGGGCUUCCCUUGUGCUGCACAAGGCGGAAGUUAAUGGGCUGCAGGUGGCCCUGAGGCAGCUUGCGUCGGAGAAUCAGAAACUCCAUUCGGAUAAUCAGAGUGCAAACCAACGUGCUGUGCUUCUGGCUCAGGAAAUCGACGAGAGACAUGCAAAUAUUGAAAAUUCAACCCGUUCUGAGAUUCGUGCCUUAGAGCAACGUCAUGCGGAAACUGUGCGUGAGCUUACCCUACAGAUGACAAAAGAUCGGGAACAUUUGGCGGCGCUAAAUGCAAAACUGGAGGAACGUAUAAAAUACCUGGAGAAUGAGCAGACACGCCUAAAGAAUGAAAAUUCAGCACUCAGGAGUGAAAAUUGUGCCUUUGAGAGUGAACAGACAAAGUAUCAGGGAGUUAUUGCCGAACUAACAGCUACAAAUGCAAAGUUAAAUGCAGAAAUUGUCGAACUGGGUCAACGACAGGAUCACAGUGAGGCAGAAUGCGAAGAGGUGCAGAUGUUGAUGCAAAAGAUAAGUUUGGUGCAGAAGGAGAAUGUUGAUUUGAGGGAUAAAAAUGAUGAGCUUUGUGCGGAAAUUGAGAGUGUUUCGAUGGAAUUGAAGCGAAUGCGUGGGAGUAAGAGUGUGUCAAAGUCUCCGGAUGGGGAGAUUGAUGAGGAUGCUGUGGAUGGUGGAAGUGAGGAUGUGGAGUUGAAUGUGGCGAAUACGUUGGCAAUAAAGCGACGGGGAGAUAGCCCCAGUAAGAGAAUCAAUGAGGAAAGUCCGAGACUUGGGAAGUUCAGGAAGUACAGCGAUGAUUCAGCUGAUUUGUCGGACAAUCCAGCUGAAUGGGCGGCUCUCAAUAUGGAAUUGGAGCAGGCAGAGAAGAAGAUCGAAGAGGUGCAGGACACGACGGAGGAGAUGAAAGAACAACAAGAAGUAGCAAAUAUGGAGACAAAGGCGGAUGAGGAAGAUGUGGUAAAGCUGAGGGAACGUGUGGCAGAGUUGGAAGCAAGCUUAGAGCUGAUGCGAAAGGAAUUUGAGGAUUUGGAGGACUACUGGCAGGGAAAACUCACCACUGAACGUCAAAUGUUCGAAGAGGAGCAAACUCAAUGUGAUGAGAAACUCGCAGAACUCCUGCAGAAGAUGAUGGAGUAUGAGGAGCAAUUCAAGACAGAUAAAUCCAACAGUGGUCGCCUGACGCCAAUUGAGGAGAAGGAUAACCUGGAGCAGCAGUAUGCUGAGCUCGAAUCUGAAAUAAACGAGCUAAAAAUGAAGAAUUCCUCCCUGUUGGCGGAGAAAACGGAUGAAAUUACAGAGCUGAAGAAUCAAAUAAAGACCCUCAUGGAGUCUUCAAAUGCCACAUGGAACACAUCAACGCAAUUUGAAGGGCACGACGAUGCGAGUUCAGCAAGCUCACCCAUGAAUUAUCUCUGGAAUCAGAGUACAAUUCAUGCGCCAGCCAGGGAUUAUCACAAUCCUAAUUGGCAUCAGGAGGGGGAGAAGAAGAAGCCCCCGGCCACGGGGAUUGAAUGCCUCACCACAACGGAAACAUCCACGUGGGCUUUCUCACCGGAAAAAGCGCCCGCAAUCUCGCCCAUUCAGAAGCCCAAACGUCACACAGAUGCCGAAGAUGCAGCCCGGAAGCCAGAAGUGGAUGAAGGGAAUGCUUCAGUCAAGAGUGGAGGAGCUUCCUCUCACAGUGGGGCCUCCACAUACAACAUACGCACGAAUGCGAGCCCUGAUGAAUUUAAAAAUGAAAUACAGGAAUUAGUAGCCAUUAAGAACCAUCUUGAGGAGGAAAUUAAAGACAUAACUUAUAAGAGAGAUUGCCUUCUAAUGGAAGUUCAGCAACUUUCUUAUGUGAAACCAACACGCACGGAAGCUGCUAAAAUGGCAAAUGUGAAUUUACAAGCACGCAUCCAGCAUUUAGAGCAGAAAAAUCGACAGCUACAGACGGUGCUGAAGCAGCAGCAACACUAUGCUGAAACAAUAAUGCACCAAACUUGGCAGCAACAGAGAUCGGAAAUAAGUGAACUGAGAAAUCGCCUGGAGGCGCAAACGAUCAUUAUAACAGAACAAGCACAAAGGCUGGCAAAUGCGGAUAUCCUGGUGAAGGAUCUCUAUAUUGAAAAUUCUCAUCUCACAUCAAACAUGCAGCGUCUUGAGCAGCAAAAUUCGCGGAAUGCAUAUCUCUAUCAGUACUCAGCUCCAGGAUCUAAACUCCCAUAGAAAAUGCAAAUGAAGAAGAAGAAUUUUGCGAUAGGAUUCUAAGUGAAAAUCAUCUCUAUGUUGCUUCGAGUUUUGUCCUCUCAGCAAAGGUAGGCGCAAAGUAUUCUAAAAAAAAAAUAAUGAAGUUCAAUAGCUAAAAUUCUCCUCUUAAAAAAUAAUUGUAAA